CUUCACGAACACGCCAGCGCCGACUCCUCCCGGCCCUUCGACGUGGCUCUUUCCCUCUCUCUCCGUUCGACAGUGUGCCCCCGUGUGGUUCGUCUCGCAUAAGGUCCAGGAGACACGCGCGCCAGUCGAUCCCUCGCGCCAAAGGAAAAGAUCACGUGACCCGCCAGGGAAAAAAGUGGAAAUUUACAUUUGGACGUUUCAAGUUUCCACAACACACAGGAUGUACAGUGCAAACAAGGCGACGACGACGGCGCUGGCGGUGGCGCUGGCGGUGGCGCUGUCGGUCGUGAGCGUCGGAGCCGAUUCCUCGCCGUCGCAGUACGAGCUCCCGUCCAACGCCACGGUGGUCAACGGAGGUCCCAUCGUCACGGGCUUCAGCUGCGACGGCCUCAAGUACGGGUACUACGCGGAUCUGAACAACGGGUGCAGAGUGUUCCAUAUCUGUUACCCUUAUCUCGAUGCUGAGGAAUUCCUGCGUACAAGGAUGUUCUCGUUCAUCUGUGGCCUCGGGACGGUGUUCAACCAGGUGACCCUCGUGUGCGACUUCCCCAACGACUCCAUUCCUUGCGAAGACUCUCCGAACUACUACGACUCGUCCAACGGGCAGUUCGGCCUCAGGGAUGUGAACUUCAACGAGUAACCAGCGCAAAAGGCUAAACGUGUAGAGUUCUUGGCUUUAAGACGUGUAGGUGGUAGGCCUAGGCUAUAGCAUUAGUGGUUGAACCUUGGGGUCGGGCACACAGAGCGGCUGUAUGCCCUGUGGUUGUGCUUGAUAUGCCUCUGGGGAUAUGUCUGAGUGUUAGAUAUGUGCGUGUGUAAGCAUGCAUGUGUAUAUAUGUAUAUAUAUAUAUAUAUAUGUAUAUAUAUAUAUGCAUGUAUAUAUAUGUGUAUAUAUACAUAUAUAUAAUACACACACACG